AUGAAGUCAUUAAAAGAGAGAAAGAAAGAUUUUAAUGAUCCAUUCUAAUAAUUUUCAAGAAAGAAAGAGUUUUUUUUAUAAAAUAAUGUAAGAGGAGUUGAUUUGACAAGAGAAGAAUAAAUAUUAAUGAAUUUAUAAGCUUAGGAAGUAGAUGCUUUGAGAAUGAUUUCAAGAAUUCCAAUAGGUACAGAGAUAUACAGAUUUAAGAUGGAAUAAUAUAAGGAAUUGUCAACAAUGAGAGCAGAGAUGGAAAAGAUAAUUUAAGAAUAAAGAUUAUAGAGAGUAAGAAGAAAUUUUGAGAAAAAGAGAAGAGAAAAGGAUAAAGAAUUUGAGAAUAAUAAAUGGGUAGAUGAUUAAAGGAAAUUUAUAAUAGAGAAUAGAUUGAGAAAUGAUUUUGGAGAGGUUAGAAAAGAGAGUCAUUUAUAUGAUCCAGCUGAAGGAUUAGUUAUUCAUUGGGAUUAUGUAUUAGGAUUACCAAGAAAAACUAAAUUAGCGUAAUUUGUUUUUGCAGUAUUUAAUAAUAUGCAACAAUUAAAUUAACCAAAAUUAAUAGAACCAUAUGAUUGUGAAAUAGAAGGAGAGAGUUCAACUAGAGUAUUGAUAGGAGAAACUAGUUAAUUAUAUGAGAUUCCUGCUCAUUAAGAAGUAUUAUUAAUAAUAGAAGUUUAAUUACCAGUAAGUAAAAGAUUAGAAGAAAACAUUGGUAAGACUUAAUCAUAUGGUUGGACAUAAAUAGAUUUAUUUGAUUAAUAAAGAUAAUUAAAGAGAGGCAAAUUUAAAUGUCCAUUAUAUAAAGGACCAACAGAUGCUACUAUUACAAUAGAAAAUAUUGCAAAGUUAGAACCUAUUCCUAAUGCAUGGUUUCAUAUGAGAAUUACAUAUCCAAAUGACGAAGAUUUAGGAUAAGUUAGAUCUAUAUAUCCAGAAUAAACAGCUUUGGAAUAUAAUAUACCAUAUAUUCAUUUAAGAAGCUUAUUUGAUAGAAAUUAUGAAGCUGCUAUUGAAGGGAAGGAACCAAAGAAUAAAGAUAAUGGAGAAUUCAGUUUAAAUGGUUAAAAUUAUAAAGUAACAGAAUAAGUUGAAGUCUUUGGAAAUAAAAGAAAAGCUACUCCAUAAUUAAAAGAAUAUGUAUUAAAGGGAGAUAUGAGAAAAGGUUAUAGAAUUUAAAUACAUUUCAUUUAAAAUAAGAUUGCUAAUAAUUUUAUGAGGAUUAUGUGUUCAGCAUUUUAAGAAUAACAAGUAAUGUUUGAUCCUAGUGGAUAACCACUUGCAUUUAAUACUACUAUUCAUGAUCCUAGUAGUCCUAAUCCUGGAUAAAAUACAGAAUCUAAUCCAUUACCACUUGUUGAAGCAGAUCCUUAAAUGAAAGAAAUUAGUAAUAAAGCAGCUAGAUCUAUUCUUAUUGAAUUCAAUGAAGAAUUUCGCUUUUUUAUAAUUACUAAGAAUAAGCUAUGAUGACUGGAAAAGUAUUAUUAUUAUUAUCAUAGUUAUUCAGACUAUUUAUCUUUUAUACUAUUUGUUAAACCUGAUGGUAGUGUUAGAACUGGAAGAAAUACUUUAAAUCUAUAUAAUCCUCCACUUAAAAGACCUCCAUUAGAUGAAUCUAAUGUAAUUACACUCUCUAUUCUGAUAGUUAUCACAAUCUGGAAUCAAAUUAGAUUACUCCUUGUAUGACUUUGAAUAUAAUGAUGAAGAUAUGAUCAAAUGCAAAAAUUAAAGAGUCUUUUGA